UUCGUUUCGAUCCAUAAAGGCUGUUACGAAAACAAUACCGACUGCUAUCGAAGUGAUAGGCAAAAGCAGCAGCAGCAACAACAACAUGGGACGGGUUACGAUGGUACAAUUAACCAAAAGCAGACCGUUUGUCUUCUCGCCAGCAAACAUAUGCAAAUUCAUAAUGAUGACAGCAAUCAUCUUAAACGAAUAUUAGCAUAUUUCUUUCGAAAGAAAGCCACUAGCUGUUGGCUGCCGUGAUAUAUAUAAAUUCGCAUUGGCAGAAAUUCGUUUAUCGUUCAGUUAUGCGCUAUUUCUUUUGAUUUGCAAAUUGCAUUUCGCUACAUUGUAGUUUUCAAAUGAUCACUUUCCUUUUCUUCAAAUGCUUGUGCAUAUUUGCAACUAAAUUAUAACUGGACAUUUGUUUUUUUUUGGGCUUGAAAAAUUACCAAAAAAAAUGUUGCUCGCGAGUCGAUUCAUUUUCUUUGCUUUCAUGAAUAAUUUUGGCCAAAAAAUCCGAAUCCGUUACUAUCUCCGUUCGUUUUUUUUUUGGUUUUCCACCUUUUGCUUCUUUCUUUUCGCUUCAUUCAUGUGCAUGAGAGCUGAAACUCUAAUGCAUAACAGGUUAAGCGUGCGUUGAAACGACACCGCGAUGCGAACGAAGCAUAAUAGCAAAGCAUAAUUCAUAAUCGCCAAAUAAAAACCACCGAAAUCAUUGAUACGUGUGUUACUUUCAUUUGGUUCGCAUAACGUUCGUGAGCCAGCGGAUUUUGUAUAAAAGUCUCGGGUGAACUGGAUCAAAGCAUCAGUCAAUCUUCAGCUUUCAACAAGUUAACUCAUAUCAAAAAUUAAACUUUGAGCUACCAACCAUGAAGGUCUUCGUCUGUGUAAUAUUUGUCGCCUACUUGGCUUCCGUCAACGCUACCUUUGGUGCCCUUUUCGGCGGUGGCGGCGGUGGCAGCAGUGGCAGCGGUUCAGGCGGUGCCACGAAAAUCGUGAAAAUCAUCCACAUCAAUGAAGGAGGACACGGAGGGCACGGAGGCGGUUACUCAGGCGGCCAUGGUGGUCAUGGUCAAGCUGCUCCAACGAUUAACUUGAUUGUACCAGAAGGAUUGGGUGGACACGGAGGUGGUCACGGAUACUCAGGUCCCCAGCAAUUCCACGUCUCUCAUGACCAUCAUCAUCAUCAUGAAAGCCACGGAGCCGCUGGUCCACAAAUUGUAAAGGUCAUCCAAGAGGAUCAUGGACACGGACACGGUGGUUAUGCCGCUCCGGCACCACAAGUCGUUCACAUCGAAUCACAUGACCAUGGUCACGCACACGCUGCUCCAGCUCCAGCCCCAAUCAUUAUCCACGAAGAAUCACAUGGACACGGACACGGUGGUGGUUAUGCUGCUCCAGCUCCAGCCCCAAUCAUUAUCCACGAAGAAUCACAUGGACAUGGACAUGGUGGUCAUGGUGGUUAUGCUGCUCCAGCACCACAAGUUGUAAAGGUCAUCCAAGAAGAAUCACAUGGAUAUUCAGGCGGUAAUGGUGGAUGGGAUGGUGGUUUCUCAUCAGGUGGUGCCGGCUGGAAUGGUGGCUUUUCAUCAGGUGGAUCUGCUGGAUGGAACGGUUGGGAUUAAAUUAAUCCUUCAGAAGAGGAACAAGCCGUUUCGGCCAUUGUUGUUAUCCGAACCAAAUGUCAAAUUGACAAUUGUUAGUUUUUAUUAAUUGGUUCAAUUAUUUGUGCCAGUUUCAUUGUUGUUAACCAUGACAAAGACUAUUGUUAUUUAUUUUUUUAAAUGAAAACACUGAUGAACUUUGUUUUCCAAAUAAUAAAUAGUUUGU